AUGUCGCGGGGAGCGCCUCAGGGAGGCUCGCGCAAGAUCUCCUUCAACGUGUCGGAGCAGUACGAUAUCCAGGAUGUGGUCGGCGAGGGUGCAUACGGUGUCGUCUGCUCCGCCUUGCACAAGCCCUCGGGCCAGAAAGUCGCCAUCAAGAAGAUCACGCCCUUCGACCACUCCAUGUUCUGCCUGCGGACGCUGCGUGAGAUGAAGCUCCUGCGCUACUUCAACCACGAGAACAUCAUCUCCAUCCUCGACAUCCAGAAGCCGCGCAACUACGAGGCCUUCACCGAGGUGUACCUCAUUCAGGAGCUGAUGGAGACGGACAUGCACCGCGUCAUUCGCACCCAGGAGCUCUCCGACGACCACUGCCAGUACUUCAUCUACCAGACCUUGCGCGCCCUCAAGGCCAUGCACUCGGCCAACGUCCUCCACCGCGACCUCAAGCCGUCGAACCUUCUGCUCAACGCUAACUGCGAUCUGAAAGUUUGCGACUUCGGCCUCGCUCGCUCGGCAGCCAGCACGGAGGACAACCAGGGCUUCAUGACCGAGUACGUGGCCACUCGGUGGUACCGCGCCCCAGAGAUCAUGUUGACUUUCAAGGAGUACACCAAGGCAAUCGACGUGUGGUCAGUGGGAUGUAUUCUGGCAGAGAUGCUGAGUGGCAAGCCGCUCUUCCCGGGCAAAGACUACCACCAUCAGCUCACUCUUAUCCUGGACGUGCUCGGCACGCCAACCAUGGAGGACUACUACGGGAUCAAGUCGCGUCGUGCGAGAGAGUACAUUCGGAGUCUCCCAUUCAAGAAGAAGAUUCCGUGGAAGGCGAUGUUCCCCAAGACAUCCGACUUGGCGCUUGACUUGCUCGAGCGACUGCUCGCCUUCAACCCGGUGAAGCGUAUCAGCGUGGAGGAUGCGCUGAAGCACCCGUACCUGGAGCCCUACCACGACCCAGAAGAUGAGCCCACGGCAGAUCCGAUCCCAGAGGAGUUUUUCGAUUUCGACAAGAACAAGGACAACUUGUCCAAGGAGCAGCUGAAGCGUAAGGACUGACAUUGCCCUUAGAGAAAUUACGGGAGCUAAUAACUAUGUCCCAGGUCUGAUUUACGAGGAGAUUAUGCGGUAACGUCAAGCCAAGGAACCACCCAACGACCAUAUUGUUUUCUUUUGUCAUUUGCCCAAAAAAAUCACAAACCAAAAAACUGUAAUGUCCACACUACCCACCACGUCACCGGUACUAAUAUGUCUUGUCACAGCAACAAAUCUUUCCCCGGAUCUACUCCCGCCAAGUUCCCUCCCGGCCCUCCAAAUCCCACUCCCAAGCGACACGACAGUACCCGACCAUCUCCCCCUACUCCUUCGACCGGCACGCAGUCCAACGUGUCCAACGUCUCCUCCACGAGCGGCGAGAUCCGCAUCUCCCUCGACCCGGCCCUGCGCGACGCGUACGGCCCGUACACUUGCUAG